GCGGGCAUAAACAAACCUCGCCCCGCUGCCCGCUCUGCCGCGGAGCGCACGCCCAUCCUCGCAGCUAGCCUCCGUGCCCGCGGGGCGCCUCGUCGCCAGCCUAGCUCCGGCUCCCUUUGCCUUUCUCCUUCUAUCUUAGGCAGGUGACAGCAGGGACAUGUCUCGGGAGCUGCAGGACGUGGACCUCGCCGAGGUGAAGCCUUUGGUGGAGAAAGGGGAGACCAUCACCAGCCUCCUGCAAGAGUUUGAUGUUCAGGAACAGGACAUCGAGACUCUGCAUGGCUCCAUCCACGUCACGCUGUGCGGGACCCCCAAGGGAAACCGGCCCGUCAUCCUCACGUACCAUGACAUUGGCAUGAACCACAAAACCUGCUACAACCCCCUCUUCAACUCCGAGGACAUGCAGGAGAUCACGCAGCACUUUGCCGUCUGCCAUGUGGACGCCCCUGGCCAGCAGGACGGCGCCGCCUCCUUCCCCGUGGGGUACAUGUACCCCUCCAUGGACCAGCUGGCCGAAAUGCUGCCCGGAGUCCUGCACCGGUUUGGGCUGAAGAGCGUCAUUGGCAUGGGAACCGGUGCAGGCGCCUACAUCCUCACUCGAUUUGCUCUGAACAAUCCCGAGAUGGUGGAGGGCCUCGUCCUCAUCAACGUGAACCCUUGUGCAGAAGGCUGGAUGGACUGGGCCGCCUCCAAGAUCUCCGGAUGGACCCAAGCGCUUCCAGACAUGGUGGUGUCCCACCUCUUCGGGAAGGAGGAAAUGCAGAGUAACGUGGAGGUGGUCCACACCUACCGCCAGCACAUCGUGAACGACAUGAACCCCGGCAACCUGCACCUGUUCAUCAACGCCUACAACAGCCGGCGGGACCUGGAGAUCGAGCGGCCGAUGCCCGGAGCGCACACCGUCACGCUGCAGUGUCCUGCUCUGUUGGUGGUUGGCGACAAUUCUCCUGCUGUGGAUGCUGUGGUGGAGUGCAACUCGAAACUGGACCCGACGAAGACCACUCUGCUCAAGAUGGCGGAUUGUGGCGGCCUCCCGCAGAUCUCCCAGCCAGCCAAGCUUGCCGAGGCCUUCAAGUACUUCGUGCAGGGCAUGGGAUACAUGCCCUCCGCCAGCAUGACCCGCCUGAUGCGCUCCCGCACGGCCUCGGGCUCCAGCGUCACAUCCCUGGAAGGCGCCCGCAGCCGCUCCCACACCAGCGAGGGGACCCGCAGCCGCUCCCACACCAGCGAGGGCACUCGCCUCGACAUCACCCCCAACUCCGGUGCCACCGGGAACAACGCGGGGCCCAAGUCCAUGGAGGUGUCCUGCUAGGCGGCCGGUGCGCACGGCCGCCCUCUGGACUCUGGGGUCGGGAUCGCUGUAGCUGCCCCCUCCUCCAGCCCCUUCCCGCCCCCUGCCUGCCGCACCGCAGUAACUCGGUAUUAAUCCAAGGCUUAUUUUCUAAGAGUGAGCUCUGGUGAUGACAAAGUGAGAUUGGGUUUGUCGAGGCCGCCCUUUCUGACGGGGGCGGGGUGGGGUGGACCCAGGGAAAAGCAUCUCAGUGUCCUGUUUUCAUUAAAGGAGUGGCCUGGUGACCACUCUCUUACCCUCCCUGGGAGACGCCAAAUUACCAAAAACGAGAAACAUAGCCGUAAACACUUCCUAAGUCCAAGCCUAGACUAACCCGAGCAUCCUGCUUCUGAGGGGCGUUUGCUCCGAAGCCCCGCCCACCGACUUCCGGUUUCCUCUCCAGCUAAAGAAAAACUGGUGUAGUUUCUGGAAACAAAACCCUUUUCUGGCUCGGGGAGGGGGUGAGCAGGGUAGCUCUUUUAACUAGGCCAAACAGGAAGCAGGGGAAAAAGGUGGAAUACAUGUGCAGGCUGGAAGCAUUCGGAAAGGCAAAUCCAGGUCGUUAACUUGAUGAAAUCGAUGUUUAAAUUUCGUGCAUAUAUACACCCUUAAUGCCGAGGCGUACAGGCCUGUUUUCCCGGCACCCUUUCAAUGCACAACGAAAUCCAGCGUCUCUUGGCUUUGCAGAGAAAGGGUCUCAGCAAACAUUUGGUGUCAUGGAUUGAAGACUUUGGCUCUCCUAUCUGCCUCCUUCUCCACAGCCCCUGCUUCCCACCCCAAAAAUGAGCGAGUGGGUAUUUCAUUCAUGGGGAAGAUCAUUUAGAUCCAUAGUUGCUUUCUUGGAAGUGGAGGGAAACAUUCAAACAACUGUACCUGGCUGUGAUGGGGCUCCACGCAGCGGGGGGGCAGGGGUGUUGGGUGGGGGUGGUCUCUGGGUUCCUAGAUGUAUGGGAUUCCUGUGGUCGUGAUGGCAUCUGGUGCGGUUCUGAUUUCAGUUGAUCCCACCCCGGUUACCAAGAAUCUUGUGUGCUUGAGUUAAAUCCACCUUCCAAUCUUGGACACCCGGGGUUGAAUCUGAACUUGACGGCUGAACGUUUCUGCCCUGGGAACAUUCCUGGAUUUUCAGCUCGACCUGUUGGCUCUUGCAGGGGUGGGAUUCACGUGGGGAGUGGUGGCUGAGAAGACGCAAGGAUUCUGGAAUGUCUGUUCCGUGGCAUUUCCUUCCCUCUCCCGCCUCACCCUCUUCCCUGCCCCUCUAACCUCCUUUUGCUGAAUGGGGCGGCACCACUGACAUUCCUGGGCAAUGUGGGCGUAGCUGCCAAGUUCCUGUCCUACUGCCUUUUGAUUUUCAUUUUGGCUAACCAAGGAUCUUAUAGGAAGUUUGAUCAGAGCGCAUGGAACAUUGUGAAUCAGCCGCUAGGGCCUGGUGAUUUCGGGACCCUUAAGUGGGUAGAAGGAAGUAGUCAAGCCUUCUAGGAGGCUUGAGGGGCAAUGACUCGGUUUACCUGCCACGUACCACCUGGGAGACUUUCCCUGGCUUCUGCAGAAAGGUCAGGGGUCAGGGCAGGAGCGGCUGAAUUGAGACAAGAAACUGUUGUGUACAAGUCUUUCCAGAAGAUUUUCUUAAUGAAAUAUUUGUAUUUAUUUCCAGACCAAUAAAUUUGUAACUUUGCA